AUGGCUGAAACUACUGGCACUCUAGUCUCCCAGAAAUCAUCCGAUUCGGGGCUUCAUAUCCAACUACACCCGCUGGUUCUCCUCACCAUCUCAGAUCACAUCACCCGUCAUGCCGCGCGAUCACAACGAGGACCGAUCAUUGGAGCUCUUCUGGGACAGCAGAAUGGACGUGUGAUUACAUUAGAGCACGCAUUUGAAUGUAUCGUGACCGAAGGAGCCAACGGCGAACUGCACCUUCUCCACGACUGGUUCGUCGAACGAGUCAAGCAAUUCAAGGAUGUACACAAGUCCCCCGCCCUCGACUUCGUAGGCUGGUGGUCAACAGCCUCGCCUUCUGGUCCGGACGCAUCCCACUUGCCGAUCCAUCGCCAGAUCCUCCAGAGCUACAACGAGUCUGCCGUGUUCCUCGCAUUCCACCCAUCGCAGGUGCAAGCUGCAUCGAGGAAUGGCGCCAAGCUUCCCCUGGCCAUCUACGAAAGCGUAUAUGAAGGUGAAAAUGCGACAGAGAACGGCAAGGCGAUGCAGAUAGACGGCGAGGAGCAGUCGCUCUCGAUUCGAUUCCGCGAACUGCCCUUCUCCGUCGAAACGGGGGAAGCCGAGAUGAUUGGCAUAGACACGGUUGCCAGAAGCGCAAGGACAGCAGCAGCGCUUCAACCGUCUGGCUUGCAGCAGGAUGCCCAGACUAGCGCGAAGACCGAAGCUGGCCAGGCCGAGCCGUCGCCCGACACUGUCGUGCUCUCCCACGAAGAGGAAGAACUAAUCGCCAGUCUUAACACACGCCUCAACGCCAUCCGAACGUUAGAGUCUCGAAUUUCCUUGAUCAAAUCCUAUCUCGCCAGUGUGUCCCACUCCUCCGAAGGACAACCCACCGGAACCACAAAAGCUCCCCUCUCGCACCCGAUCCUCCGGAAUAUCAAUGCCCUCUUAUCGCAUCUAUCUCUCCUCACGCCGGAACCGGGAAGCGCCUUCGCGGCGGAAAGCCUCGCCCAGCGAAACGACGUCCUCCUGAUUUCCUUGCUGGGACAGCUGGGUAACAGCAUCAAGGGCAUGCGCGAACUAGGCCGCAAGACCGCCAUCAUGAACAACAUCAGACAGAGCAAUGCGUCGCGGAAAACUCAGCUGGCUAUGCAGAAUCGGCUCGAAGAUGAGUUUCUCUCGCGAGAAGGGAUGACUCUUAAAUAG